AUGAUAAGGGAGCAUAGAAUACCUGCUGGCCCACGACCGGCGAACCAGUCCCCGACCAGACUUAAUAGGGGAAUCCCAGACUCGCAAACCAACUCACCCUCAAAGGGCUCAUUCGCCGGCGGUCCAAUGCUCAGUGCAUCUUCAGCCAACAACCACCCUCUUUUUUCUUUUGGACGGAAUGGCGCCGCGAACGAAGUAGCAGACUCGACACCUUCCUACGAUUUUCUGCCCUCGGUCAGCUUCGACGACCUCCAGAGCAGUCUCGAGUCGGCCUCACACGACUUCAAAUUGACUCAAUUUCCGAACCCGACCGGCCAAGGUGGUAUUCUCGACUCGGAGAGCAUGGCCGACAAGAUGGGCGGGGUCUCAAACAUCUCCCAGAAUGGCGCGUCUGCGCGUGGUGGAAUCCCACCUCCCGUUACUCGCCCUGGAAGAUCUGGUUCAAUCUUGAGAAGACCUAGCACGUCCAGCAGACAACCAAGCAUCUCAUCUAUCGCUUCUGGGCCUUCGUCCGCCGCAGACGCGUCAACGGCCGCAGCAAGGUCUCGACGGCAAAGCCACUACCCUCCGGUAUCAAACACCAACAUUGCGAAGCCACCCAGGAAAUCCAUCGGCUCGGGCGUCAUCGAAACGGACUUUGGCAGUAACACUGCUCAACGUCGAAGACCGAGCCUGAUGGGCACCGUUGGCAGUGGAACGGAUUUCUCUCGGACCUCGAUGGAUGCCGGUGCCGGCAUGGGCUUUGAGACUCCACGGAAUCUUGCCAACAGUAGAGCGACAAAGGCCAAAUCGAUGCACCAGCCACUUCCCCGAUCAAAUACUGCCAACUUAUCAACACCAGACACCACCCGCCUUUCAACGAUUUCUCCGAGAUCCCCUCGAGGCGGCAGCAGCAAAGGAACUAAUAACGGUUCGGCCCAAUCAAAAAGGCAGUCUAUGAUGCCUGGGGGGCAGCAUGCGUCACACGCAAGCGGACUUGGUGCCAGGACCAUCAGUCCUACGGACACGCGAAGAUUGAAGCGCAUGUCCAUGCACCAAACUCCGAGUCUCAACCAGGCGGCCAACGCGCCGCCACCACCGCCGCUCGAGCAUCGAGAGCACUCUCGGUCGCCAUCAAUGAUACCCCGGAAGACAUCUGCCACGCCAUCGUCCUCCCGGACGACCCCGGAUAUCAACAGAAAAUCGUACAGCUCCGGCCUUUCCAUCACCUCAACCAACAGUUUCAAUACGGUGAGAACAUCAACAGGCUCAAUUCAACCUCGAGCGCCUAUCGCAGGAGGUACUACAUCGCGGCUACCGGCGCCAAAGUCGUCGAACCCGCAUAAUCAUAACCCCCAUUCCGCCGAUGACGAGGAGGACGUCCCACCUGUGCCUGCUAUUCCGAAAGCGUACGAAUCACCACAGCAGUCAGCCACGGAGGCAUCGUUUUUGGAUAAGCGCAAAGCCAACCUCGCAGCGGAUGCUAGCAGCAUCAACAGCAAUUCAACUGGCAGCUUCUCCAUACCAUCCCUCCCCGAACCCGCUGUUAAGGUCGCCCGAAAGGCUAGUACCCGGAAGUCGACGAAUGCGGCCCCCUUGGAUGCCGAAAAGAAGGGGAACGCUCCCCCAUCGAGGAAGGACCCUCCACCCGUGCGGCUGCCCCCGAUUACUGUCGGCCCGCUGAACCCAUCGACGACCGCGAAGAUUGCAGCUCUGGGCCAAAAUGGCCCCGACCGAAACCUGAGCCCCCCUCCCUCACGCAUCAUCGCAAAGACACCGACUACCCCCAUGACCGCGUCGAAAAGUUCCUUCUUCUCAAGAAACAGACAGGACGACAAGUCUGAUUUCCCCAAUUUGCGAAGCAGCAGCACUGUGCACCACUCCCGAAUUGAUAGUGCAUCAGGUGCUGACGGCACAAGCUCGUCUGAGUCUUUCGCAGGGGUCCCGAUACCGGUACCUUAUAAAGCGACCAGAAAGCCCAGCGUGUCUCCAUUCUUGUCCUCCUCCGUGCCCAAGCCCGGCGCGGAUCCUGCUUUCCUGAAGAGGUCACAGACAGGCGACCUUGGGAAUAUCACGGAACCUCUCGAAGUAAAGCCACUGCAGAAACCUUCUGGCCCCCGUGCCCAACGGCCUGUGAAAGCAAAGUCUCCCACGCCGCCAAUCUCGGAUCCGGAAGAACCACCUACUCCGUCCUCAAUGAGCUCUUUACGUAGGAAGUUGAGCUUGUCGUGGAAACGUAAUACCUCCAAGACGGAUUCGAAAGCGAGCACAUCGGAAAAGACUGUUGAACGCAGCAUUAGUAAGGAGCAGAUGCCACCGCCGCGGUUGCCUAUUUCUGCAACGGUCGGGAAUCUCAGCUCAGCCAAGAACAGCCCAAGCCCGUCGGUCAAGGCGAACAACUCGUACCUUGAAUCAAGGAGGAGAAAGAGCUCAGCAGCGAGCCUGGGCCAUGAUAGAACUAAGAGUGAGAACUGGACUUCGGCCUCCGUCCCCAAGACUAUCAACGACCCGCACAACCCUUCCGUCAUGCAGAAGAUUCUGCGCCCAAAGGCAUCAGCAACGACCAUGCGUCACCAUGACCCAUGGACUGCUGAGCUCGACAAGGACGACCUAGUUGCCGAGGAAGAGAUGAAGAAAAUGGGCUCGAGAAGGAAAGAGACGGAGAUCGCGGCUAGGACCCUCGACGCAUUACGGAAACGUGCGACGCCAAAGGAACGAGUGGGCGCCCAGGAAGCCAUUCGGAUCGCCAUGCUCAACAUUUAUGAGCGUGGCGAAAUCGUCGAUUAUAAUGAUGUCUACUUCUGCGGCACGCAGAACGCUCGUAAGGUUGUGGGCGAUCUUCAGUCUGAUGCCCCCAACUUUGGUUACGACGACGAACGUGGAGACUACACUAUUGUACCGGGAGACCAUCUUUCGUACCGGUACGAAAUUAUCGACGUGCUCGGCAAGGGAAGUUUCGGUCAAGUUGUGCGGUGCAUUGACCACAAGACGGGUGUGCUCGUAGCUGUGAAGAUUAUUCGCAAUAAGAAGAGGUUCCAUCAGCAGGCUCUUGUAGAAGUCAACAUUCUGCAGAAGCUUCGCGAAUGGGACCCCAAAAACCGCCACAGCAUGGUCAACUUUACUCACAGCUUUUACUUCCGGGGACAUCUAUGCAUUUCCACCGAACUUCUGGACAUGAAUCUCUACGAAUUCAUCAAAGCAAACGCUUUCCGCGGAUUCUCACUCAAGCUCAUUAGGCGAAUGACGAAACAGAUGUUGAGCUCCUUGAAUCUGCUGAAGCAGCACAAGGUCAUCCACUGCGAUCUCAAGCCCGAAAACAUUCUGCUUCGGCACCCGCUGCACUCGGAGAUCAAGGUCAUCGACUUUGGCUCUAGUUGUUUCGAGAAUGAAAAGGUGUACACCUAUAUUCAGUCUCGAUUCUACCGAUCACCUGAGGUCAUCCUAGGCAUGACGUAUGGUAUGCCCAUCGACAUGUGGAGUCUCGGAUGUAUCCUCGCCGAGCUCUAUACGGGAGUCCCAAUCUUCCCUGGAGAGAAUGAGCAGGAGCAACUUGCCUGCAUCAUGGAGGUCUUUGGUCCACCAGAGAAGCAUCUUAUCGAGAAGAGCACCCGCAAGAAGCUCUUCUUCGACUCCAUGGGCAAGCCGCGCCUGACCGUGUCCUCCAAGGGCCGGAGGCGCCGCCCUAGUUCAAAGACACUGCAACAGGUCCUUAAGUGCGAUGACGAGGCAUUCCUGGACUUCCUUGCGAGAUGUCUGAGAUGGGACCCUGACAGGCGUCUCAAGCCUGAGGAAGCCAUCCACCAUGAGUUUAUCAGCGGCAAGAAGAUGAGCGCUCCUCUGCCCCGAGUUCCGACGGCACGUGAGGCGUCGCCCGUGAAGCGCCACACCGUUGGUGCGCCACGACCUCUUCCCGAACCUCCGGCUUCCGGGCUCAAGAGCGGUAUUCGAUCCCGAGACGUGAGCGGUGCGAGCCCUCACAAGCCCGUGUCAACGGCAUCAUCUCGCAGGCCAUCUGUAGCCACCAGUGGAACGGUUCACGUUGCUACAGCCAAACGAACCAGCACAGGCCAGGGAGGCGUCACCAUUGGCACUAGCAGUCUCCCACGCGCGGCAAUUAGGAGCGUCAGCGCCAAACAAGACUUGGCUUCCGCCGGAGCCACUGCAGCCAUGAGUCGGAGGGGUUUGUGA